AACACUGUAAAUUUACAUUCUACAAACUUGUUUAGCUCAUACUAGUUUUAUUACCUUCACCACAAAAUGUCCGAAGCUAGUACAUCCUCGCAAGUAGUAGAAAAGACUACGUAUGGCAUCCCCAAGCCUAAGCCAGCAUACUAUCCCCAUCCAGGUUCUCCUUUAUAUGCUGAUAAAGAACUCUACCAACUGAUUCACAAUGCUCCCAAAACUCUUGUUUCUACCCACAUUUGCCAACCACGUUCAGCAAUUGCGAUUCAAAUUCCAGCUAAAACCGUGUUUCGUAUCACUACACCUGAGGGUCCUCAGGUGUGUGAUUUGAACAUUUGGAAUAUGCAUAAUCCUAGAGAGAGAUUCUGGGCCGCUAGAACACGACAACUCCACUCGGCACAUGUGUCUACUUAUGAUAGACUUUGGUCAAAUCUUCCUUACUUGCGUCCAUUGGUGACUAUUACUGGUGAUACCCUUGGAGGAAGACAUGACGAAUGGGGUGGACGUGUACAUGAUACACUUGGAACUCGUUGUGACCCCUACGUUGACAAGUUGAUUAGUGGUGAAGACAUGGAUUUUCACUGUCAUUCCAAUCUCACUCGUGCCGUCUUGCCCUAUGGUUUGACCGAGUUUGAUGUUCAUGAUGUAUUGAAUGUUUUUCAAAUGACAGGAUUAGAUGAAAAGGAUAGAUAUUUUAUGGAAACUUGUCCCGCUGUUGCUGGUGAUUACUUUGAAUGUUUUGCUGAGCAAGAUUUGUUGGUGGCUAUUAGUGCUUGUCCAGGAGGUGAUUUGUCGCAAUGGGGAUGGGGUGAAAAUGAAGAGAAGCAAGAUAUGGUAGAAUGUUGUCGACCAUUGGCUAUUGAAGUUUAUCAAUUAGACGAUGUUGAACUGGUUUUAAAAGCCUGGAAUCCUCCCAAGGUACCAAACUAUAGAGGGAAUCAUGGUUUAACUGGUCCAACUCCUUCAAUCCAGGAAUAGACUUAAUUGUAACCUAAGAUGUAUAGCUAUAGAAAUUAUUUUUAUAGAAUAAUGUGUUGCUUGAGAUAUACUUAAAUCUUUACUUUUGGUUUGUUUUCGAUAUCAUUCUCCUGUAAUUGUUACAUUCUUACUGGGAUUUUCGGUGUAUUUUUUUCAAAGAUAUUAUUAGAGCCAGGUCGUAUUUGAAUAUCAUUCUCGACAUAAUAGCUUAUAAGUUUCUCUGGUUCAAAAUAAUCUUGAAUUAUUUGACUAAUGUUUUUACUUUCUGGGAGCUGAAAGAUUAAUACAGAAGGAC